GAAGAGGGGAGCAAGCCGCUCCUACUUCAAGGAAAUUGAUGCAAAAAGGGCAAACGCAAAGAGGCAUGCCGCGUUCUGCUUUUUGCUUUAUUUUAAACUCCUCAUUCGAAUUCGCUGCUAAUUGUCUGUUAGAAGUGGUCUCACUUGUGUGAGAGGACAAGGCCUGCACAUUCGGGAUGUGGAUGACUACGAGGAAAGUAGCGAAAGUUAUGGCUAAAGGAAAACUUCUAAAACAGCUUGUCAUGUUGUAGUUCUAAGUCUACGUCUAUCGCUAUCAAGGUCAAGGUGGUCAAGAUGGAUUAAGUACAUGUUCUUGUUCGGAAACCUCUCUAAUCAGGAGAGAUUUCUUAGCGGUGGAGAGAAUGGCGAAGGAGACGAGCUGCUCAAACGCAAAGUCCGAAUCAUGGAACGUGACCUUAUGAAUUACUCUUCUCACUUCAAAGAGAUGAUGGAUGCGCCGAUGGAUGGAUGAUGGAUGAACAGAACAGCGAGAACCUCGUCCUGCUUAGGUUUCUUGUCUUUAAAAUUACAGUUACAAGCAACUAGGUACAUGAGAACAAGACGAAGAGCCGAGCAGGUUAAAGAUUUCUCAUUUUUACAUUUUGAGUUAGAUUGCAGCAUGUUUUGAUACUCCGUUCUACCAUUGAUCAUGUGAACAGAGCAUAGAUUGAAAAUGACAUAAAAAUAGAACGUGAGGUUAUAGAUUUAGGUACUCACCAUGAAAAUGUAAAUGAAGAUUGCUACAUCCCUAAAAAAUGAAAGCUGCUAUUACAACAGUACUAAGUAAUCCGAUACUAGUGUUAUGAAUUUGUCGUGAAGAUUCAUUGGUUUUUCAUUUCCGAUAAAGAUCGAUCAUGUGCUUUGUUCAUCAGUAGUUACAUUACAUGACAUGCUAUCAUUUAAUCAAACGGACAAUCCACGCCCGUCGUGAGCACAGAUUCAUAUGUAUCCAUUGUGAUGCAAGUCAACGAGAAUAAAACGGCAGCGAGACCUCCUGUACGAGAAAUCACAAGAGGAUAACGACCGAAGAGUACCAUACCUUGUUGUUCGUUGAUAGAACGACCACUACGUGAUGUUUCGCAAGAA